AUGAACGGCGAGACGGAGCUGGCGGUGAUGAAUAUGCAGAGUAUCGGAGGGCUUUCGGAAGUCCUGCUCGAGACGCCGCGGCAUGUCGUCCAGAAUUUCUUCUUCCUGAACUGGGCCCGGCAUUUGAGGGAUCGCUUUGAGAAUCGUGGCAAAAUGGCCUGCAAAAGCAGGCUCCUCUACACCUUCCGAAAACUUGCCGAACACCUCGCCAUCGGCACCAUUCGGUUCGAGAGUGAUGUUGAGGACGUAAAGAACCUCGGCAAGGAGAUGCGCCGUGUUUUCCACCAGAUUUUCGACGAGAACACGUGGCUGGAGCCGGAGACGAAGGCCGUGCUGCACAAGAGGCUCGACAACGUCAAGGAGCACUACGGCUUCAGCACCCAUGCGCUGGACAAGGCCAAGAUUGACGGCUUCUACGAGGCGCUGAUCCUGCCCGACAAGUGGGGCCUGAUGGAGAUGUGGCAAUUCGAGGAACGCGGCUCGUGGUUCGUUACCCGGCUGAAUUUGAUGGGCACCUUGGGGUACGAGCCGGCCAUGGAGUUCAAUGCGUUCAACUCCAAUGAUGUGAAAAUUACCAUCCCACUCGCCCUCAUCACCCAGCCGUUCUACAACCCGACCUGGCCGCUCGAGUUCAACUACGGUGGCGUCGGCGAAGUGAUCGGCCAUGAAUUUACGCACACUUUUGAUGAUCAAGAUGAUCUACCGGACGGAAAUGUGGGCAACGACACGGACGAGUAUCUGGAGAAGGAGAAGUGCUUUGUCGAUCAAUUCGGAGGUGUCAUCUACGGGAAUGAUCGUCUGAACAUCACCGUCAAGGCCGAUGGAAAUGUUCAGCACAAAGAGACGAUCGCGGACAAUAAUGGGCUCCGUGUGGCUUGGCGGGCGUACCUCGAAAAACGCAAACAUCUCUACGGCCGCAACCCGCCGAAACUUCCCGGACUCCAAGAAUUCACCAACGAGCAACUCUUCUUCUUGGCCCAUAGCCAGAUCGAAUGCGGACGCCAGCCACGCAUCUACCCAAAUCAGGAUCACGACUGGGUUGGCGAGUUCCACCCGGUUGGCGACGUUCGCAUCAAUGAGAAGCUGAAGAACUUCAACAGUUUCGCCACCACUUUCAAGUGCAAGUUGAACUCGAAGAUGAACCCGGAGAGGAAGUGCAGGGUGUGGCGCUACUACCAC